AUUAACGGGCCAGUUGCUGCCAGCUCAAUUCAGAGCCGUACCUUCAACAUAUUCCAAAGGCCCUUGAAGGUGUUCCAAAUUUUGCCACAACACAUGGCUUUUACUUUGUAAAAAGCAAUGCCAAAGCAUUCGAAAAAAGCGUUUGCUAAGGUCUGAUAGGAUGCUUGGUGUGGCCACGUUUGUCCGAAAGAACUCUGGAAGGGCUUCUUGGACAGCUCAGACCCAGCUGGCAACCACCACGUCCAUCAUUCAUUGCUGCCCAGCCACAAGAGACAAGGAACACUUCUCGCUAUUUCAGCUGGCCAGCUGCAUCGCUGGCGAGAAGCCUUGAUGGUUGAGUCUUCUCCCGCCACAAUCAAUUUGGAGCUCACAAACCAACUCUCUCCGCUUGGAAAAGUUAUCAAAACAAUUUCAACCCGAAAAACAGACGGACCAACAGAGGUGUUGACUGUCUUUUUUUCUCCCCAGCUUACUUACCCCGCACAAUCAAUCAAUCAAUACCAAGAUGGCCUCUGUUACUUCUUCUGCUUCUGACAAACUCCCUGGUCUCCGCCGGAGCAGUACCAAUGGGAGUACGACUAGUUAUUGCGAUGCCCUUUCUCGCUUUGACCAACAAACCGAAGAAUUGAAAAAGCUUUUGGAUGACGGAGACGCGGUGUCCACCACGAGCGUCUGUGAAGACGAUGAAGAAGACUACAGCAGUGACGAAGAAGAAGACAGCGAUUGCUCGGACUACGAUUCCUCCGAUGACGACGAUGACAGUGACGAUGACAGCGAUUGGGACAGCGACUACGAAGACUUGGAAGCGGUUUUGUCCGGAGCUCCACCCAAAAAGGUCCUCUCGUCUCCCGCCUUGAGUGCCAUGGACACUAGCCUCCCAAACGCACAAGAGAAUGUCUUGCCCGGUUUCAUGAACCUCAAGGAUCGCAUGCGUCGUUCCUCCACCAGCUACUUGCAGUCUCCCGAGUUCACGAGCCGCGCAGAGCCCGAAACCAUUGAGAAUCCUUACGCGACCACUCGUCCCGACGAUCACUUGAAGGUUAUUUUGGAAGGAUUCUCGGCCGCCCGCUUUCCCAGUGAAACUUGGCACGAUUACUUUUUGAAAAUGACAGACAAGCACAUUGAAGCGCACACCACGGAAGUGGAACAGGCCAUUCGUGGCGAAGACUACGAUAGUCUGCGAGCCAUGCUGCGCGAUGGACACACCUUGCAGACAUGCAACAAACACGGGGAAUCCAUCAUUCACAUUGCCUGUCGUCGUGGCUCCCUGCAGUUGCUCGAAUUCCUCUUGGAGGAUGCCCAAAUUGACAUGCGCAUUCGCGAUGACAUGGGCCGCACGCCCCUUCACGAUGCCUGCUGGACGCAUCAUCCCAACUUUGAUGUCAUCAUGUUGUUGCUCGAGACAUCGCCCGAGCUGCUAUUCAUUGUGGAUUCACGCGGAUUCACGCCCUUGACGUAUGUUCCACGAGAAGCGUGGGGGGCUUGGUGUGAGUGGUUGCAAGAACACCGCAUGUUCUUGCGAGACAUGGUCAAGACCCUUCGCUGGGAUCGGGCUCGCUACUUUGUCAAGACCAUGGUGCCUUGUUUGAAAUUCUAAAUGAACAAGAGUUCAGCAAUUCUUUGAACUGGUUCUGUCCCAAGGUCCUAAAGCACCUUCCUGGCUGGUUGUCUGCGGCAGGCAACCAGCCAGCCAAGCCCCAUCACCACUCUUGUCUGUUUGUUUGAUUGAUUGAUGCAUAUUAUUACGAAAGUUGGAGAUGGCACCGCGUCUUGAGGUCAGACGCGGUCCACUCUUCAACACUGCCAUCCCUAUGCAUCCAACCGAUGCUUCUUCUUCUUCACUCGGCUUCUUCACUACACUUGUGAAAUGGCUGCAUCAGGUAUACUACUAUGAUACUACUAGCACUGCUUCUACAUACAUUACUACUAGCUAUGCAUUAC